AUGGAUGGCAAAGAAACAUGUAAAUCGUGGGAGAAUAUUGAUUCCGGCGAGGAAAUCGUUAUUUCCGGCAUUGCUGGCAGAUUUCCUAAUUCAGAUAACAUGAAUGAAUUACGAGAAAAUUUAUUCAACAAAAUUGAUCUUGUAAGAGCAGAUCAUAGUCGAUGGAAAAUGGAGCAUGAAGACAUUCCACGUCGUAUGGGUAUUAUCAAUAAAGUAGAAAAAUUUGAUGCGGAUUUUUUUGGAUUAUCUUUUGAGCAAACACACUUAUUACCACCUGAAAUGAGAUUGUUAUUGGAAAGUACUUAUGAAGCAAUUAUCGAUGCUGGCAUCAAUCCGAAGCAAUUACGAGGAAAAAAUACUGCUGUAAUUAUAGGGACAUCUAUAAUUGCAGCACAAACGGAUUUGUUGUAUACAGAAACGGAGUUAGGCGGUCUGAAUAUUAUUGGGAGUCACAACUCUACAGCGGCAAAUAUGAUUUCGUAUUGCUUGAAUCUGAAAGGACCAUCUUAUGUCAUCGAUACAGGAUGCAGUACUAGUACUUAUGCUAUGGCAUCUGCUUAUGACUGUAUCAUGUCAGGCAAAUGCGAAGACGCAAUAUUUGGAACUGCACAUUUACUUUUUAAACCUAAUAUUACACUGCAAUUUUUUCGGCUUGGUGUUUUAUCACCCGACGGUUAUUGCAAACCAUUUGAUAAAGCUGCUAACGGUUACGUGCGUAGCGAAACGGUGGGAGUGGCAUACCUCCAAAAGGCGAAAAAUGCAAAGAGAAUUUAUGCCUUAUGUCGGAAUAUAAAAGUAAACUGCGAUGGUUACACAGAAGAAGGAAUAACACACCCGUCAGCACAAAUGCAAUAUGAUCUACUAAAACAAUGUUAUAAUGAAUGCGGAAUACCGAUAUCAAGUUUAGAUUAUAUAGAAGCACACGGUACUGCUACAAGCGUUGGCGAUCCUGUAGAAAUUCAAGCUAUUCAUAAUAUGUUUUGUAAAAAUAGAGAAACUCCAUUAAUGGUCGGCUCCGUAAAAUCUAAUCUUGGUCAUAGCGAACCUGCGAGUGGUUUUAAUCAGAUCGCUAAGGCAAUAAUAGCAUUUGAAACUGGCUUUGUUCCAUCAAAUAUCAAUUAUACAUCACCAAGGAAUGAUAUAGAUGCCCUGAUAAAUGGAAGUAUACGAGUCGUCCAAGAACCAAUCCCACUUCAAAAUGGUUACAUAGGAAUCAAUAAUUUCGGUUUUGGAGGAGCCAAUGCACAUACGUUAUUAAAGUGGAAUGAUAAACGGAAAAUCAGUAACGGAGCACCAAAUGAUGACUUACUUAGACUCGUUGUAUUAUCUGGACGUACAGAAGAAUCAGUGAACUUGUUUUUGAACGACAUUGCUAAUCAUCCAAUAGACGUAGAGUAUAUUCGCUUAUUACACGAUAUAUAUGCAGAUAAUAUAAAUGGUCAUCCAUGGAGAGGGUACAUUAUAUUGAAUUCUUCCCAACAAGAUUCAAUAAAGGAAAUUCAAAAUUAUGAAGGAGUGAAAAAACCUGUAUGGUUCAUAUUUUCAGCCUUGGGUUCUCAAUGGCCAGGAAUAGGUCACAGUUUAUUAAAGUUUCACGUUUUCGCAAAAACGAUAAGUAAAUGUGAAGAUAUUUUAAAGCCCUAUAAUAUAAGUGUCAUAGACAUUUUGACAAAAAUGGAAAAAAAAAUAUGCGAAAACGCGUUAAAUACUUUUCUUGGAAUCGUCGCUAUUCAGAUUGGAUUAGUAGAUCUUCUAACAUCUUUAGGAAUUACUCCAGAUUAUAUGAUUGGUCAUUCUACCAGUGAACUUGGUUGCGCGUAUGCGGAUAAAUGUCUCACUAUAGAACAAACUAUUUUAUCAGCAUAUUUUAUCGGUGUGGCAUGUACCGAAAAAAGUAUAAUUCAUUGCUCGAUGGCGGUUGUCAUUAUUGACUACGAUUACCUUAAAAAUAUAUGUCCAACGGAUAUUGAAAUAGUAUGCCACAACAGUAAAAACAGUAGCGUUGUGUGUGGACCAUCACAAUCCGUUCAAAAAUUUAUGAAAGAACUACAGGUCAAUAAUACUUACGCGAAAGAGAUCAACUGCAACGUACCGUUUCACAGUUCUUACGUCGCAACUGCGGAGAGUCAGCUUUUACUUAGUUUGAAUAAAAUAAUACCACGUCCAAAGAAACGGAGCUCAAAGUGGAUCAGCACUUCUAUACCUCGCACCGAAUGGUUCACUUCAGCAUCAGAAUUAUCAUCGGCGAACUAUCAUACUCGAAGUAUAUUAAACACAGUUCUUUUUUCACAAACAACGGUACUAAUUCCAAGUAACGCCAUGGUCAUCGAAAUCGCACCUGACGAUGUUCUGCAACACGUCUUGACAGACUUACAUCCAAACGUGACAAAUAUUAUAUUAAGUCGACGCACCGAACAAAAUAACGAUAUAAUUCUCCAAGGAAUUGGGAAGCUGUAUAAUAGUGGUUUACAGCCUCAAGUUGCCAAUUUAUAUCCACCGGUGGAAUUUCCAGUUAGCCGAGGAACUCCUAUGAUUUCUCCAUCAAUCAGAUGGGAUCAUUCCGAAAAUUGGAUUCUACCGAAUAAUGAUAAAGAUAAAUUUAUAAAAUCGAGAGGAAGAUACGUCAAAAUAUUACUUCAAAGUAAAGAUUAUGAAUAUAUGAGCGAUUAUAUCAUUGAUGGGAGAAAUUUACUACCAGCAACGAGUUAUUUGGGACUCGUUUGGGAAACUAUUGGCAUGAUGAAAAGAGUACAGCAUACAAACAUAUCGAUAAUAUUCCGAGAUGUAAAAUUUAUUCGUGCUACCCAUUUGUCGAAAGAAGAUGCUGUAGAAUUAUAUAUUGCAAUACAAACAGAUGGAAAAUUUGAAAUAACCGAAGGAGAUAGCGUUGUUGUAACAGGU